AGCAUCUCGGAAACACGACUGCAGCGGUCUUACCUUCUCUUCCCACAGCGUGUGGUCAGGUUCAUCAACAUGGACGACUAGCUGCUACCUUGAAUCAGUACGAUCUCUCAAAGGACGAUGGAGAGUCUGCCGCGGCGCCAGCCUUCUCAAAGGCGCUCGUCUCCCGAACAGACCUCCCCCAACCAAGCCUCCACUCACGCCUCCACGUUCCCCGCGCACACUCGUUCGGAAGACACGCAGCCGCUAUUUUCCAAUGGCAUACAGCAAGAGCGGGACGCUGAGCAACAGCAACAAGAGGAACACGCACAACCUCCAGCCGUUGACAAAGAUGCCGACCCGACGGUCAAGAAAUGUUGGAUAUGUUUCGCAGAUUCCACCGAGGACGAGGCUGACACGUCGCCAUGGCGAGAUCCGUGCCCUUGUGCGCUUGUCGCCCACGAAGAAUGCCUCCUGGAUUGGAUAGCCGACCUGGAGGCGCCGAACAAUCGGGGUGCACAGCGCGGCAUGGCUUCCCCCAAGAUCGAGUGUCCACAGUGUAAGAGCGAGAUUCGACUGGCAAGACCGCGAGACUACGUGGUGGACGGGGUGAGGGUCCUGACAAGACUCGGCGCAAAGGUCACCACGCCCGGCGCUCUCGCUGUGUUGGGCAGCAUGUUCUACAACAGCAGCAUGCUGUUCGGCAUCCAUUCCACGUACGCCGUCUUUGGGGCGGAAGAUGGCUUUCGCAUCCUCUACCCACUCAUCUCCUCCACCACCCGUCUGCCACUCGAAUUCGACAACGCUACAGCGCGCGAACUUGGAGACCACAUUCUAGCCGUCACCGCAGACCAUCUAGCGCACUGGCGUCUCUUCAUCGGCCUGCCGCUCAUCUUUCCCGUGCUCACUCUCUCACGAACGACGCUGGCCGACUCCAUCCUGCCCGUACUACCAAUCCUUUUCUUCGCCACCCAGACUCCCACCCCUCAAGACUCAAUAGAGUUCGGCCAGUGGCCGCCCUCGGCAAGCUUGGCCUUUGCCCUGCUGCCCUACCUUCGCGCGGCCUACAACGCGUACUAUGAGAGGGUGUGGGCCGACAAGGAAAGGAAGUGGCUGAAGGAGAUUCAGCCUCGUGUGCGAGAAGGAGAGGCAGAGGGGCUGGCGAACGCCGACCCGGAUCUGGAGAACGCCGGGGGUGAAGAUGGAAAUAUCUUUGAAGUGAGGAUCGAUGGGGGCAUAUGGGAAGAUUGGGAGGAGGACUCUGAUGACGAAGACGAUGCGCAGCGGAGGGUGGCAGGUGGUGCUAACGAGGCUCCUCCAAUACAGGUUCGUGGAGACGAGGGCCUGCCGCGAGCCCCCGAACCAGCAGUACAGGCAAACCCUCCACUUAAUGCACCGCAGGAUGGCGAGCCAGGUCUCGAAGCCCCAAACGCAGACGGCGCCGGCCCAGCCGCACAGGCGGAGCACCAUCACCACGUGGCCGGGGCGGAACGACGCCUCUCCUUCUCCCCGACGGCGGUAGCAGAAACGGUGCUCGGCGCCAUCGCCUUCCCCACCAUCGCCGGCAUUUCAGGGGAACUCCUUAGGCUUGCUCUCCCCCGCUCAUGGACCACGGCCGCGCUCGGCGGGCCACGAGGAAGGAUGGUGAGCAAAGGCUUGCUGCAACAGAAGUGGGGCAGAAGCUUGAUUGGCGGGUGUUUGUUCGUGGUGCUGAAGGAUUGCGUUACCCUCUACGUGAAAUGGAAGAUGGCGCAACUGCAUCGGCAGAGAAGGGUGGUAGACUACCAGGGAAAGAGGACGAGGGAAGCAGACCCACCAGCGGCUUCGGCGUGAUAGAAUGUCUUUGUUCAGCAUCUUGACGUAAGCGUGGCGUUGGGAAUGAGAGGCUCUGGGGAAGGUCUUGCUAGACGUUGUUACGAUAGGGAUCGCGUUUGAAGCAAUCCCUGCUCGCUGAAGCGAAUCACUUCCGCUGAUGGCGCGGAGGUUAGCCUCUUUGCAUGUGCGUUUUGUCAUCUUAAUGAAUAUUCCAAUGACCCCGGAGGUGUGCAUGUUCUCCUAAACUCCGUGAAUUCGUCAUCGACGUUGAGACAAGGUUGUGGAGAGGCUGCACGGCCGUCCCGGCAGUUUGCGACCUCUACGCUUCCUCCGUUAC